AUGUCCACGGAGCAGAAGGAGCUCACACAGACACCACUGCUCAAGAUAUGGGUGCCAGGGAUGGGCAGUUCUCUAGGCCAGAGGAGAGGCUCCUCACGACCCCAGUUUACAAACUGUCCCACAAUGAUUGUGAUGGUUGGUCUGCCAGCCAGGGGAAAAACCUACAUCUCCAAAAAGUUAACCCGAUAUCUAAAUUGGAUUGGAGUCCCAACUCAAGUCUUUAAUUUGGGUCAGUAUCGAAGGGAAGUUGUGCAGACUUAUAAGAACUAUGAAUUUUUUCGUCCUGACAAUGAAGAGGCCAUGAAAAUCCGCAGAUCCUGUGCCACAAAUGCUCUUAAGGACAUUGCCAAUUACUUCACUAAGGAGCAGGGACAAGUUGCAGUAUUUGAUGCCACCAAUACUACAAGGGAGAGGAGAGGAGUCAUUAUCAGCUUUGCCAAGGAGAGGGGCUAUAAGGUAUUUUUCAUUGAGUCGGUUUGUGAUGACCUAGAAAUCAUUGAGGAAAAUAUAAUGCAAGUGAAGCUGAGCAGCCCAGAUUAUGAAAACUACGAUAAAGAAGAAGCACUGGUGGACUUUCUGAAGCGUAUUGAUUGUUACAAAUUGUCCUAUGUCCCCCUGGAUGAGGAAAAGGACAGGCACCUCUCCUUCAUUAAGAUCUUUAACGUGGGAUCCAGGUACCUCGUGAACCAUGUCCAGGAUCACAUUCAGAGUCGUAUAGUGUACUACCUCAUGAACAUCCACGUCACUCCACGAUCCAUCUAUCUGAGCCGCCAUGGAGAAAGUGAGCUAAACCUGCUGGGAAGAAUCGGCGGAGACUCAGGCCUCUCUUCACAAGGACUAAAGUACGCUAAGGCCCUUGCAGAGUUUAUCAGGGGUCAGUCCAUCAAGGACCUGAAGGUGUGGAGCAGCCACAUGAAGAGGACCAUACAGACAGCAGAAGCACUGGGCGUACCGUAUGAACAGUGGAAGGCACUGAAUGAAAUCGAUGCGGGGGUAUGUGAGGAGAUGAUGUACGAGGAGAUUCAGGCAACCCAUCCAGAAGAGUUUGCCUUAAGAGACCAGGACAAGUACCGUUACCGAUAUCCAAAGGGUGAAUCGUAUGAAGACCUGGUGCACCGUCUGGAGCCAGUCAUAAUGGAGCUUGAGAGACAAGAGAAUGUACUGGUCAUCUGCCACCAGGCAGUCAUGCGUUGUCUACUGGCCUACUUUCUGGACAAGAGUGCAGAUGAUCUACCAUAUCUAAAGUGUCCUCUGCAUACUGUUCUCAAAUUGACUCCAUUAGCGUACGGAUGCAAAGUGGAGUCCUUCUAUUUAAACAUCCAAGCAGUGAACACGCACAGGGACAGACCCCCAAAUGUGAAUAUUGCAAGAAAGACGGAAGAAGCACUACAGACUGUACCUGAACAUCAGUAAUCACAAAAAAAAUCUUAAAUUCGCCAUUUUUGCACAAUCUACACACAGAUUGUGUAAAUGAAUAACAAGGUGGGAGGAAGGAAUCUAAGAAGACAUAAGCAUGUUUCCAUUAAGAUUAUCAAGUCUUACAAACACACAAGUGGGAUCUAAAAGUCUGAUAUCAUAGCUGGGGGAAAAAACACAUUCUAAAAAAAGACAUAAGACAUUCUGAAAGUAUACAUUUUUAUACUUUAUUCAAAUUUUGUUGAUAAUAUACAUUUUCUUUACAAAUGAUAUUAAUUUUGUAUUAAAUUAGAAAAUGCAAAACAAUUUUGUUUUCAUAAUAGGACUCUCAGACUUUUGGAUUCUACAUUAGUUUUUAAAACUAAACAGUGAAAAUCAAGAAGCCCAUGUUUUUACUUUGUUGAUAAGAUGGUUGCAUUGACAAUGUUAUAAGCUGAAAUGAUAUUGCAACUAAAAUGUUUAGUUAGAACAGGGAAAAUCCCCAUUGUUUGAAAGUGAAUAUCUGUUAUUUGAUUAAUUUAAUAUCGUGUUAAAAGAUUUGGGCAAUAAUUACGAUUUAUGCAUUGAUAAAGUAUAGGAAUCAGAAGAUGAUUCGGUUAACAGCACCAUGGACAGCAACCAAAUCAAUCAAUCUAUAGGAGUCAUCACGAUAUCACACAUGAGCAUUCUCAAGCCACUUUACUCCUCACAAUUUGUUAAUAUAUUAGUAUGUUCAUGGGAGCCUGUCCAAAAAUCUUCUUCAAUUUGAGAUUUCUAUAUCCAAAUAAAUUUUAGACAUAAUUAUGUAACAACUAAAAUGUAACAGUCCUAUAUGCAGUCACGGGUUACUGGAUUGCGUUUUUUUGUACCCCCACAAUCGUGGCGAGACUCUGCGAAAUGUUCAGUAUGUACACGUAAAAAGAGCUCCCUUUGAAACCCACAAACACCUGCACAUGAUCUAAACUCAUUUCUCAUUAUAAGCUAUCGGAAAGUAACUUUUCCAAUCUAAAUGAGCAUCCAUCUCUCUCAUGGCAUUAUCGUGGCAUUAUAUUUGACUAUCCACACUGUCAUUUUCAUCCUGCUUACUGUUGUUCCUUUUGGAUGUGCGCAUUUUGACGCGCACACACAGUCCCUCCAGGUAGCUGUACUUGUUAUAGCAUUAAUAUUCAUAAUUUUUCAUAAAUGUAUCGUUCUGUGACAUUUUCCUCUGAUAAGUAAAAUGUGAAGUUUGUCUUGAGUGACCGAUGAUAAUUUGGGCAAAAUAAACACUAAGAAUUUGCCUGGUCACAUUACAUGCAAAAACGCACAUACCUGUAGGGGCCUAUACUGAAGAAGCACACAAUUUCUGUACCAGUUGAAUGGUAUUUCAUUCUUAGAAUCAUAUGUGGUGUCUAUCUACUUACAGAGCGUUUUUAUAUUGUAUUUGGAUGCAUAAGUCAAAUGGAAGGGUGGUAUAUAACAUCUGUUUACAAUCCUUUUAGUAAUCACAAGUCUUUUUUGUGUUGUUAGUAGUUUUUAUUAUGCGUUACCCUGGAAUCUUAGAAAGUUGUAAUAAAGAUUCCCACAAGGUA